GAGCCCCUGAUUGGGUAGGCAUGAACAGCAAGUUUGGGUGCGAGGUGAGUAUAUGUAGCCGGCAGCUGAGCACGCCGCUGCUUGUGCCGACGCUGUGUGGGGUACAGAAUAUCUAGGCUUCUCCGGAGCGCCAAGCCUGCACUAAGCCAGACCAUUCACAGAUUUCAGUUGACCAAAGAAAUGGUGAUGGAGAAGCCAAGUCCCCUGCUAGUCGGGCGGGAAUUUGUUAGGCAGUAUUAUACUCUGCUCAACCAGGCACCAGACUUUCUCCACAGGUUCUAUGGGAAAAGUUCUUCCUAUGUUCAUGGUGGUCUCGACAGCAACGGGAAACCUGUGGAGGCUGUCUAUGGGCAGACGGACAUCCACAAGAAAGUAAUGUCUUUGAAUUUCAAGGAUUGCCGCACAAAGAUCCGCCAUGUUGAUGCGCAUGCCACUCUUAAUGAUGGGGUAGUGGUGCAAGUCAUGGGAGAACUGUCAAACAACAGGCAGCCAAUGCGUCGGUUCAUGCAGACCUUUGUGUUGGCACCUGAGGGCUCUGUGGCAAACAAGUUUUAUGUUCACAAUGACAUAUUUCGCUAUCAAGAUGAAAUUUUUGGUGAUUCAGACACAGAGCCUCCAGAAGAAUCUGAUGAAGAGGUAGAAGAGCCAGAAGAGAGGCAGCAAAGCCCAGAGGUGGUAGCUGCUGAUGAAGCUACAUACUAUGAACAGCCAGGAAGCAAUGAUUUGGAUGAACCGCUGGAGGAGCAGAUAGUUGAACCAGAACUGGAGCCUGAACCUGAACAAGAGCCAGAGCCAGAAAUAGUGGAAGAGAAAUGUGAACCAGCAUCAGAGGAACCUGCUCCAGAAGAGGAGGAGGAAGAAACAGUGACUAUAGAAAAAAGCCCAUCCCCUCUCCCAGCAGAUCCUGCUCCAGUCGUGCAAGAGGACCCAAGGACAUUCUCAUGGGCAUCAGUAACCAGCAAAAACCUUCCUCCUAGUGGAGCAGUUCCUGUGUCUGGUAUCCCACCACAUGUUGUUAAAGUUCAGACAUCCCAGCCACGGACGGACACCAAAUCUGAAGCCCAGACAACAGCACAGAGGCCACCACAACGAGAUCAGAGAGUAAGAGAACAAAGAACUACAGUACCACCUCCGAGAGGACCCAGGCCUUUACGAGAAGGAGAACCAGAGUCAGAAAUAAGGCGUAUCAAUAGGUAUCCAGACAGCCAUCAACUAUUUGUUGGCAACCUGCCUCAUGAUGUAGAUAAAACUGAACUGAAAGAGUUCUUUCAGACUUAUGGGAAUGUUGUCGAACUUCGUAUAAACAGUGGAGGCAAGCUUCCUAACUUUGGUUUUGUGAUAUUUGAUGAUGCUGAGCCAGUUCAGAAGAUCCUAGGAAAUCGGCCUAUAAUGUUCAGAGCAGAUGUACGUUUGAAUGUUGAAGAGAAGAAAACGAGGGCAGCAAGAGAGGGUGAUCGUCGUGGUGACAGACCCCGUGGCAUAGGAGGACCACGUGGUGGUCUUGGGGGAGGUCUGAGAGGACCACCUCGUGGUGCAAUGUCUCAGAAGCCUGGCUUUGGGGCUGGAAGGGGUAUUCAAGGCCCACGCCAGUGAUUUGUUUUUUUUUGUUGUUUUUCUUGAGUGUUUCCACCAGGAAAGGGGUACAGCUCUGUUCUACAGCCUUCUGCAAAUUGGGCUUGGGGUACACUGGCAUUUUUGCCCUUGCGUGACAGACUGCUUACUUUAUCUGUCCUAACCCUCCUGUGUUGCAAUUUUAUGGAUAUUUUUUCUUUUCUUUUUGAUCUAUGUCCCAGAGUCCAGCAUUUGUUGAGCAUAAUAUAAUGGAAGAAAAGGAUUUAAAACACAACUCUUCCCCCUCCCCCCUACUUUCAGAAGAGUGGACUAAAACUUUCCACCAGUCUGAAAGCUGGUUAGAAACUGUUUUGGUUGAUGGAAUAUUAUCAUGGCACCCAAAUGAAAUCAUUCUCUAGGAGAGCCUAACUCAAGGCGAAGUAUUCAGGUCUUGAUAGUAUAUCCAUUCAAGCUGUAAUUAGCAGUGAAGAAUUCGCUCCGGCUACUGAAUCUACAUGUUGUUUACUGCAAAACAAUAAAAGGUGUUCAUUGGAAUUUCUAUACUAAAGUUCUUUUUAUACAGCGAGAUCAAGGAGUUAAUAAGUGAAACUACUGUUGUACCACUCAGAUUUUGGGAUAGGUUUUAAUGUUUAGCUACUUGACUCUUAUAACGCCUGAAUUUGUGCAAAAAAAAAUAUUUUUUUUAUCUUGAAAGGGUUUUUUUUUUUUUUUUUUUCUUCAUGUUUUUAGUUUGUAUUUGUAAAAAACAAAAACUUCAAAAAAACAAAACAAAAUUGUUGUGCCUUCUAUUUAUCUCUCAUUCCAGUCUUGGCAAACUUAAAAUAAAACACAUGAAAUAAUCCUG